GUGAUAGUUGAAGGAUUACAUCCGCACUUCACCAUCCAAAUUUCAAACAAAUCAAAUGGAGGGAAACAUGUUCGUCCCAUCAUUAUCCAUCCUCAUAAGCUUUCCCAAAUCUAAUUUCCCAAUUGCAAUGGCUGACACUCUGAGCCCUAAUCCGGCAACCCAGAAGCGGAGGCUCCCAAUGGUCGCUCGUCUCCAGUCUCCAACCAGCCCCUUCUUCCUCGGCUCCAACGACGACAACCGCGAGCGUGCGCAGGCUCGCGCAGCACCCGCCGCCGCGAUUCAAAGGAAGUCCGUUACACUCAAUCUGCUGCCACAACGGGGAGACCCCAAUCACGGCCUCGGAGAGGCGCAGAUCCUCGAGCUGUUCCAGAAUUGCAUCAAACUCGCCAGUGAAAAUAAAAAUACAUGGGAGCUGACUUUGAUUGACCAUUUAACUGACAUUAUCAGCGUUGAAGAGGAAAAGGAUGCAGAGCCGAAUUUUCAAAAGGCAAGCUGCACUCUUGAAGGUGGAGUCAAAAUUUACUCAAUGAGGGUGGAUUCAGUACACACCGAGGCAUAUAAGGUCCUUGGUGGGAUGAAUAGAGUAGGUCAAGAAUCCGAACAAGAUACCAGAGUAGAGGAUGCCAAUGCUGACAAUGGAAAAGAUGUGGCUAGUUCAAGAAUGAGACGCAGAAGAAGAUAUCUCCCUCAUCAACGCUGGAAUCAUCUUUUGGAGGCUCUAAAUUUUAAAAAAUUGCAUUUGCAGUUGAUUCCCUCUAUCAUCAGACUUCUGAACAAUUUGAUGAAGGUGGGGCCAAGGGUCUUUUAAUGAAUAAUCUUGGAGUAUAUGGUGGAUGCAGAGUGCUCUUUCACUCUUCGGAAGUACCAGGGAAGUGCAUAGCACCUGAUAAUUGACUUGAUAAAUCAGAUACCAUUGAUCUUUCUUUUGCUGGUGAAUAUGUAGAACAGAUGGUAUUGAACAUGCGAAAUCAAUGAUGAAAUUUCACCAAUUCUGGAGUUUAGUUGAUCGAUUUGAUGAGGAUAACAGAAGGCCACCAGAUAUCUAUACAUGUGAUCAUGAAUGAGCAGAGCAACUUGAUGCUGCCUUUAACAAUGAAGCUGAUUUUGAUUGUGAUGUAUCUGAGAAUUGCGGGAACUGGGAUUAUGAUCAUGAUGACCUCAACUGUGAAAGUUCAAAUUUCCCUAGUUAUCAUGAGGUUUUUCAAACAUACUAUUCAUAUUAAGUUUGAAUCGUAAAUAUUCGUUCCAUUGGUUUUUCAUUUUAGUUUUAUGAAUAAUUGAUGAAUGACUUCAUUCCAUGAGCUUGAUAUGGAUGAGAGACUUGAGAAAGUUGAUGGGUUUUUUAUCUUAAGUCUUGGAUUUACUUCAAAACAAAAUGCGUUGGUAGGUCCUGAUCAUUGGAGGCAUCGAAAAAUUAAAGGUCAGGUUCAGUGAUCAUGUCAUCAACUAAUAUGUGUAUGUGUAUCUCUUGUGGGUCAAUAGUAUGGUAACACAUCACAUAAUCUGUUUUUUCAGUUUCAGAGAACGACUGUCCUGCAGAACAACCGGUAACGGUUAAACAAAAGAAGACCAAAGCACAGCAGGAUCUUGAUUUCACAAAAUCCUUGGAAGAGAGUUCUCAGAUGUUUUUGCUACUCCCAAAAAUCCAAAAUCCUUACUGCUCCCUGCAAGUGGAGCACCCUGUAAAACAAAACUUCCUGAGGAUUGCCACUACUAACCAGAAGAGCUUAUAAAGUUAUUUCUUCUACCUCAAGUGAAGGUAAAGUGUGUCAACGGUCAACAAUCAUACCAUAUAUUUUUUUGGUGUACUGUUUCUAUUUCAUGAUAUGCUGUAUUUCAUGAUAUGCUCUUUCUACACCUAACUUAUUCUCUACACCCAUAUUAUUCUCAAUUAAACUCAAUAUCUUUUUAAAAACAAAUUUGUUGUCUAAACGACUCUCACAAACUCAAUUCAAUAUGUGAAUUUAUCUUUACACCUAUAUAGAAAAUAAACCCAAAAUCAAUUGGAGACAACUUUGUUUUUGAAACUAUUUUCAUAUUUGAUUCUUAAAUGUGCAAACUUGCUACUCCAAUAUUUCUCAUGAAGAAAGUGCCCAUGCAAGGUGGUGAUGCUCUUCUCUUUUUUCUCGCUAGAGUCGAAAAUAUAGUCAUAAUGAUAUACAUUGUUCUCAUCUAUAUAGGACAGAUGAUAUUCAUUAUCAUCAAUGUCCCAAUCUUCUUUUGUUUUAGUGCUACGGAAAAACCAUAUUUGCUUAAUGCAUGACUGAGCUGCUAUUUGUUGAGUUCAUGUUCAUUGGUUUAAAUUGGAAAUCAUUGACAAUUAUUAUUCUUGAAUAUAUAUCAAAGCAGAACUCGAGGACUUUAUCAAAGCCAUAUUUGCUGUAUUUCAAGUUGUUAGAGGUAAGAACAAUUUUGUUAAUUAUCAUUGUGUUCCGGAUUUGGUCUUCACUUUUCUGGAGAUGAAUCUUUUCGCAUUGGUUGAUGGAUGACACUGCUGCUUUAAAGAACUUCAAAACGUACAUUUCUUCACUUUAGUUGUUUUUACCUUCUAUGUUUUUGUUAUGUACAUGCCAAGCUAUUUACUAGUGUUUUAGCUUCAUUAUUUUUAUGUUUCAAUCGGUGGCCUUAUUGAAUUCCCAAUGCCUUUUCGGAAGAGUUAAUGAGUUUUAUAGAGAAAUUUACUCACGGGCUAAUAAAGACCUUCUUUGCAAGCAUUAUACUUUUAAACUCUAAAAAAAUUAAAAUCAAAAGAAAAAAAACCUUACAUAAUCGGUUUAUAUCUUAGUUGGAGGAUUUAGAACUUCAAAAUCAUCAUCCAUCAGUUACAGUGAACAUAUGAUAAAGAUUGAGUAAUGAUAGAGUUUGAUUAUUGAGUGUCGGUCAGAAUGAACGUAUAAUAAAGAUUGAGUGAUGAUAGAGUUUGAUUAUUGAGUGUGGGUUUACUGAUAAAUUUUAUUAUUAUUAUUAAUUUCAUCUUGUACUUGAUGGUAAUUAUUCAAUAUGAUAAAAAAAGUAAUUCACAUUUAAAAUUUAAGUUGAGUGUAGAGUGAGAUUAUAUGGGUUCAAAUAAAAUUUCCCUUACAAGAAUCAUGCAUGGUUGUAGGUUAAUUAAUAUUCUUCUACAUAUCAGUUAGCUAAUAAGCUAACUUGAUAAAUAUUUGGAUUUAUAUCCAUGCCAUUUAAUGGGUUUCUAAUUUUUGGGUCAAAUAUUUAUUAAAAACUCAAGGUCAAUUAAAUUAAUAUAUAUAUAUAUAUAUAUGUAUAUUAAAAGCGUAAAACGUGGGUAAGGCGUUUGAGGGAUAGCCUAGCUUAAGCGUGAGGCAAAGCCUCAUAGAACCUAAAUUUUUUAAUAUAUACACUUGGUGCGAUGGCAAGUGUCUUCGCCCAUGA